AUGGAUUCUAGGGACUGUGAAGCAGCCUCGGAGCCCGGGCCCCCAGCCUGUGCCUGCGUGGCCUCCUGGUGGGAUAUGGUCGUGAGGAACCUGAGACUUUUCCCACGCGCCUGCUCAGCACUUGUGAGACAAAUAGCUGCUGGGUACCGAAGUUUCAGGAGCAAAUCUUUCAAGGAACGUUUUUUUCCUCCUCUCGUGAACAUGUUGAUUUAUUUCAAUUUUUAUAAAACCCCCCUUGUGGAUUUAAAGAGACCUGAGUCAAAGAUCGCUCACACAGUGAACUUCUACCUCAGGCCUGAGCCUGGGGUGCUGCUCGGUGUCUGGCACACGGUCCCCAGCUACCGGGGAGCAGAGGCCAAGGGCAAGUGUCGCUGCUGGUACGAAGCAGCCCUUCAUGAUGGGAACCCGAUUAUUGUUUAUCUUCACGGCAGUGCACAACACAGGUCAGCACCUCUGCUUGGAGUGCUGAGUGACGGAGGCUUUCAUGUCUUGUCUGUGGACUACAGAGGCUUCGGGGAUUCUACGGGGACACCCACUGAGGAGGGGCUAACCACAGACGCCAUUUGUGUCUACGAAUGGGCCAAGGCGAGAAGUGGUAGGACCCCUGUGUGCCUGUGGGGCCACUCUCUGGGUACAGGAGUUGCAACAAAUGCAGCCAGAGCAUUAGAGGCGAAAGGGUGCCCAGUUGAUGCCAUCGUCCUAGAAGCUCCGUUUACCAACAUGUGGGUGGCGAGUAUCAACUACCCUCUGCUGAAGAUUUGCCAGAAGCUACCGAGAUGUUUAAGCACUCUUAUGGAUGCCUUUAAAGAGGACAAGAUCGUCUUCCCUAACGAUGAAAAUGUGAAGUUCCUGUCCUCCCCGCUUCUCAUCUUGCAUGGAGAAGACGACAGGACAGUGCCUCUGGAGUACGGGAAGCAGCUCUAUGAAAUUGCACGCAGUGCCUACAGGAACAAAGAGAGGGUCAAAAUGGUGGUCUUCCCUCCAGGCUUCCAUCACAACCUUCUUUGUAAGAGCCCCUUGCUACUGAGAAGUGUGAGAGACUUCCUGAGUCAGCAGUGGGCAUGAGGGCCGAGAAGAGAGGGAAUCUCCAGAGAAGCUGUGGUACAAACGUCACCUGAGCUGUGGUUUCUUUAUGCAAAACUGCACUGGGCUACUGGGAUGAGCUGAAGUCCUUGGUGCUUCCACAGGCCACCUGCCGUUUAAAUAAAGAAAGCUGCAUGGAAUGUUCUUUAGUUCAUGCAUCGUCGUCUGACUUGAGAAUCAGCCAAAUCCUCAACGUGGAGAAUCAGAAUUUAAUACGCUCUGAUCUCAUCUAUAAAUGCCUACUUUGGGGAAUCUAUGUAUGUCAUGGAUCAGCUAUAAAUGUCCACAAUGGGGAUAUCUGUGAGUAAGGUCACUGCUAGUAUGAAUGUAUGAAUGGCAGUACCUGCAGAGAUGGGACGAGAAGGGACUAUUUAGGAACCAGAAGGU